GGUACAACACAAUCAUAAGCACUGACGCAGAGUGGGAAUUCAUCCAAGCUAGGAAGACAACGUACAAGACAGAAUAGGAAACUUGACUGCAGAAACAACUCCUUUUCUGGUUUAUCCAGUAAUAAAGAUAAGAUCCACAGGAUACGUAAAACAAGAUCCGGGGGAUCGGCACGAUGGCGACUGAUUACGAGUAUAACAUCACAGUUGAAGAAGCAUUUCAUUUCCUGCACGACGUCCUACAGAUGGAGUGUACAGAAGCGUGGAUCAAGGCCAACAAGGUCUCCUUCCUGGGAGAGUUCAUCAAGGGUAUGCUCUACCACAUCCCCUUCCAGACAAUCUCAGGGAUCGCAAUUCCUGAUGGGAAGCGUCAGUUACCAUCGGCAGCCGACAUCAAGACAGACAUCUUCUCCAAACUAGGAGGCUUAUGUUACCAGAUCAACUUAUUCUGCUGGAUGCUGCUGCGUGCUCUUGGGUUCGAUACCCGGUUGCUGACAUCCGAUGUCUUUGGACAGAAAGACUACCACAUCGGUAUUAUCAUCAUUGGCCUUACUGGUUGGAGUUCCAAGCAUCUACUAGAGGUCGGGUCCAGCUAUCCAUCUCGGCGACUGAUCCCUCUAGAUUUCGAACACUGUUCGCCGGAAUAUUUUGAUUCCUAUAUGAAGUAUCGGUUCGUCCGACGAGGGGAGGGGACGGUAAUCUUCCAACAUAAAAUCAACACGGUUUCAUCGUUGGCGCGCAAGCAUCCUGAAUACAUCGAGGGUGAGUGGUUUUCUUAUAUCUUCUACAACAUCGAACGAUACUUCAGUGUACCUCAUUUCAACUCUACAAUGACCAGUACCAUGACUGUUGUCAAUGAAGACGAAUCCGCUCUUACAAGCUUGCGUUGCACGGCCUACCCCAACGGUCGUCUCGUCUGCAUCAAGGAUUCCAAACUCAUGCUGGAGGACGAAGGGCAAGAGGUGCAGUAUUCUUACUUCCGGUCUCGUGACGACUUUCUAGAAGCUUUUCAGCGCUAUUUCCCCCAGUUUACGGAGAGUAUGAUCCGAGCCGCUAUGAAAAAUAUUCAGUUCAAACUGCCAUAAACUUUUAAUUAGUAAUCAAUGAAAAAAAUGAAAUUGUUUAUGGAUAUUCGGAAGGGCUUAAUCAGUCAGUCUCUUGACAGGAAUUGCCUGAUCACCUUCCCCUUUCUUUUACCAACAUGAUAAAGCAAAUUUAAAUUGCAUUUUCAUGUUUAUGCAAUGUAAAAACUGUGGUGUUAAAACUG